AUGUACGCCGCCUUUAUGGACGUUGGCCAGACGUUCGCAGCUAGUCUGUCAGAUGCCGGUGGCAACGACAGUGGACUCCUGGCAACGGGACAUGGUCUGGAGCAGGAGGAGGGCAAGGGAAUGGGAGCCAACGCCAGCGCCGACGGCGUAACGGUGCCCUAUGUGCCAGUGCUGGACCGCCCUGAGACGUACAUUGUCACCGUGCUGUACACGCUCAUUUUCAUUGUGGGAGUUUUGGGUAACGGCACGCUGGUAAUCAUCUUCUUUCGCCACCGCUCCAUGCGCAACAUACCGAACACAUACAUUUUGUCACUGGCCCUAGCUGAUCUCCUGGUGAUUCUGGUGUGCGUGCCCGUAGCCACUAUUGUUUACACGCAGGAGAGCUGGCCCUUCGAGCGAAACAUGUGUCGUAUCAGCGAGUUCUUCAAGGACAUUUCUAUCGGAGUAUCCGUGUUCACACUGACCGCCCUGUCCGGCGAGCGAUACUGCGCUAUAGUGAAUCCCCUACGCAAGCUUCAGACCAAGCCGCUCACCGUCUUCACUGCUGUGAUUAUCUGGAUCUUGGCCAUCUUGCUGGGAAUGCCAUCGGUCCUUUUUUCUGAUAUUAAAUCCUAUCCGGUGCUCACAAACAAGGGCAACCUAACUAUCGAAGUGUGUUCCCCGUUUCGCGACCCGGAGUAUGCGAAGUUCAUGGUGGCUGGCAAGGCGCUUGUCUAUUACCUGCUGCCGCUGUCCAUCAUCGGAGCACUCUAUAUCAUGAUGGCCAAGCGGCUCCACAUUAGUGCUCGCAACAUGCCCGGCGAGCAGCAGAGCAUGCAGAGUCGCACCCAGGCCAGGGCCCGUCGUCAUGUGGCCCGCAUGGUGGUGGCUUUCGUGGUGGUGUUCUUCAUUUGUUUCUUCCCUUACCAUGUGUUCGAGCUAUGGUACCACUUUUAUCCCACGGCGGAGGAGGAUUUCGAUGACUUCUGGAACGUGCUGCGCAUCGUGGGAUUCUGCACUAGCUUCCUAAACUCGUGUGUCAACCCUGUGGCCCUCUACUGUGUGUCCGGGGUGUUCCGGCAGCAUUUCAAUCGCUACCUAUGCUGCAUCUGUGUCAAGCGGCAGCCCCACCUGCGGCAGCACUCCACCGCUACGGGGGUGAUGGACAAUACCAGCGUAAUGUCAAUGCGUCGCUCCACCUACGUGGGAGCUAACGGGUGUGGUGCCGCUGGCAAUCUGCGGGCCUCCCUGCAUAGGAACAGCAAUCACGGAGUCGGUGGUGCUGGAGGGAGAGGGUCCGGUCGUGUGGGCAGUUUUCACCGCCAGGACUCGAUGCCCUUGCAACAUGGAAAUGGCCACGGAACUGGGACGGGUGGGGCAGCCGCCUGCGGAUCCGGCGUGCGGUCUGCAGCCGUGGGCGAAAAGAGGUGAGGCACGCUUAUCGUGGAGCUGCUGGAGGAGGAGGAAGUGGUGGUAUCCUUGC